AUGAGUAUAUUUAAAUCUCCUACUUCGAUUUUAAAAAAGGCUCGCCCAAAAGCCUUACACCCAGCAUUAAACAAAGCAACUAAAGCAGAACAGCAAGGAGAUUAUGAAACAGCUAUAGUGUAUUUAAAUCAACUUUUACAACUUUAUCCCAAAAGUUAUUCGAUUUUAUGUAGAAAAGCAUUCGCAUCAUGGAAACUUGGAUCAUAUACACAAGCUUUAAAAGAUUUAGCAGUGGCAAUUAAAUUAAAACCAACGAAAACUUUAGCUUAUAAUUAUAGAGCAGAAGGAAUUCCCGGCUCGAAUUUUUCAACCUCUGUAAGAUAUAAACACUUUAAUAAAUUUAACAUGGAAUCCUCAACAUCGGCUUUUACAAAAACUGGAGACCAUAAAGUCAUUAUUGAUCGUGCUAAAGAGUUUAUGAAUAACUUUAGAGAUCCACUAAAUUUAAUCAGGUUUAAAUAUUUAGUUGAAAAUCUUGAAAUAGAGCCUUCUGCACCAUUGCUAGAACUAUUAGUUGACGCACUUUUAUUACUCAGCGAUGCCUCUUUAUUUAAUGUUAAAUGCUACACAAGAAAUACCAUUCCACAUUUAGAAUUACAUCUCAGGACUUUGGUUGCUACCUUAGAAAUAGUUUUUUAUUCUCCUAUUAUAUUAAACUGUGAGACGCGUGACAAACUCUAUAGUAAUUUGGAUAAUUUUAUUGAUAUUCACUACCGAGUAACUGAAAUGUCUAGUCAAAGGGUUAAUCAUAGUUUUAAGUCUAAAUUUAAGUUUAAAGAGGUUAAUAAUAUCUACAUGAAUUUUCCAAAUUAUAAUAUUAAUUUUUUGUUGAUUCACUUACGUGACACUUUACACAGUAUGCGUGAUGAUGAAACUCAAUUAGAUGAAUUUUUUCAACGUUUUAAAGAUGGAAUUUUAGCUCUUAUUAGUGCUGCUCCUAGAAUAUCUCCUGCGGCUGUUGGAAAUGUUCCUGCUGCACUUGUUGAUUCAUUUAUUAGUAACACUUUGCCAAGAAUUAUAAAUGUUUUCAAAGUUAAAUACCCUGCUACUUACUGGUAUCCAACUUAUCUUCUUGAAUCACUUUGGCAACAUGCUUUUAAUCAGGGAUAUGAGCAGCAGAAGCAUGAUAAUAUUUUAACGAUCCUGAAUAAUCAGAAAGCAUUUCGUGCAUUGUGGACUAGAAAAGAGCCAACUGCUCUACCAAACUCUUUGUGGUUUGGUGUAUUAGAUCUCGCCCAAAAUUUAAGUUAUAAAACUGUUCAACCUGUUAAUUUAGCUCUUUGUUAUUAUUUAGCUUUAGAAUCAUUGCAGAAGUCACAAUGCUCUUAUAUUAAUUUCAAAUCUUUAGAAGUACUUGUAUCUCUCUCUUAUCAAGAGCCUCAUUGGUUUAAAGAUAUAGUACAAGAAGAAAUUGAGAAAUUUAUUGAACCACUACCAGUAGAUGCUCGACUAAAAUUUGAAACUCUAAUUCAUGAUGUGAAUCAAAAACUUCAAUUAAAUAAUGAAUUUAUAAAACAAGUAGAUGUAAAUUAUAGCAAGAAAUCAAUAAUCAAGAAUAACGUACCAGAUAAAACGUCCAAUCCUUUGUUAGAAAUAAUUGCAGAAAAUUUUACUUGUAAAAUUACUGGACAAAUAACUGGGGAUUUUCUUAUUUUAUCAUGUUGUGGUAAUUCGAUUAGUCAUGAUGCAAUUAAAAUUAAGAUAGAAUCGGUUUAUAAUCUUAUUCAAAAUACAAUGAUGAAAGGUCUUUAUAAAAGACUAGAGAAAGAAGGAUAUUUAAAUAAUUUAAUAGAAGAACAGCAAAUAUCAACAAACAAAAUAUAUAUUGCUGAAGAUGAUUUACUUUUAAAAAUGAAUAAAAUGAAUAUAUUUGGAAUUCAUAUGUCUUCAAAAUCUAUUUCUUUUGAAAAAGGUUCGUCCAAAAGUCUUACAUCCAGCAUUAAAUAA